UCCGCGGCAUCGAUUCGUUACGAGAUAAUUUGGGCUUUUCUAAUGAAAAACUAGUGUCGUGUGUUCCAUGGGCCAUGAACUGUGCGUACUACCAGCAGGCGGGGGGCCCGCACCCCCCACACAACCACAACAAUAGUUACUUCAACGAGGUUAGUAUCGACCCAGUGUCUCCGGAUCACAAGGACAUGAAGAUCUUAGAACACCCGAGCUUACGCGGGACGCCCCUGGCGAUGCUGGCGGCGCAGUGCAACAAGCUGUCGAGCAAGUCGCCGCCGCCGCUCGCCGACGCCGCGGUCGGGAAGGGGUUCCACCCGUGGAAGAAGAGCCCCGGCGCCCCCUCGCCACCCGGCGCUGGCGCCCCGCCCCGCUCACAGGCGCCCUCGUGCACCCCCUACGGCCGGGCCCCGACCUCGUGCUCGGCGGCCCCCUCCUACGGCAACGACCUCUACUUCCCCUCCUCGGGCGACCAGCUGCUGGGCAAGAGCGAGUCGAGCGCCAGCCUCGGCUCUAUGUACUCGCGGCACCCCUACGAGUCGUGGCCCUUCAACGUCGGUGGCGGAGGCGGGGGCGGUGCCCUGAAGGCGGCCGAAAUGGGGGGCGUCGGCGCCGUCGGCGGCACCUGGUGGGACGUCCACGGCGGCUGGCUCGACGUCGGCGGCCAGAUGGCCAACUACGCCGGCCAGGACUACUCGCAGCUCACACAUUCCCUGUCGGGCGGGGCGCACCUGCUCCCCCCGGCGCCGCAUCUACUCCAGGACGCGUACAAGUCGGUGCUGCCGUCGCAGGGCUCGUUCGGGAUCCACGCGCCGGGAUCGCCGGCGCCCCCCGCGCAGGCGCCCUCGCCGCGCUCGCAGCGGAGGUACGCCGGCCGCGCGACCUGCGACUGCCCCAACUGCCAGGAGGCGGAGCGCCUUGGGCCGGCUGGCGCGCACCUCCGCAAGAAGAACAUCCACAGCUGCCACAUCCCGGGCUGCGGCAAGGUGUACGGCAAGACCUCCCACCUGAAGGCGCACCUCCGCUGGCACACGGGGGAACGGCCGUUCGUGUGCAACUGGCUGUUCUGCGGGAAGCGGUUCACGCGGUCAGACGAGUUGCAGAGGCAUCUGCGCACGCACACGGGGGAGAAGCGGUUCGCGUGCCCGGUGUGCAACAAGCGAUUCAUGAGGUCCGACCACCUCGCCAAGCACGUGAAGACGCACAACGGCGGCAAGAAGGGCAGCUCGGAGUCGUGCUCGGACUCGGAGGAGAACAGCCAGGGUGAGGGCGGACCGGGCGGGCGGUCGCCGGACCACCACCUGGACGUGAAGCCGGGCCCGCUAGUGUGACGGGGGGCGGCGGCGCUGGCCGUGCCGCACCACGUCCCGUCGCUCCUGUGAUACCGCCGCGCGCCGCCCCCCGCGCCGCCGCCCCCGCCGCCCGCGAAGCCCCCGCCGCCGCCUGUACAUAGCACAUAUCAAGUGUAUAAAGAGACUCAGUGGGGCGCCAUCUAGCGUCGCGUAGUGCUACUCGUGAG